AUGCACUUGAGCCCCAAAAUCUUCACUCAGGAGUUCCAACCUCUUGCUAUCUUCAAUAUCACAUUUCAUUCGAACAUGCCGUCGGAUCUCACCGGAGACGACUAUCUCAGUGACUAUUCACAUGUCAGCAAAGAGACGAUAGAUGUGCAACUUCUUCGGCUAGGCUUAGCCACGGCAGCUGUUGGAUUUGUUCUAAGUAUAUGA